AUGGUCUCGAGCGACUCUCUGGAGAAGAAACGAAGACUCGACUCAGUGACGAAGUGGUCGAUGUCUGCACCGGUUGGAGGAUGGUUCCUCCCACACGACACCAUAUUCUCUGCGGACGAGAAGUUUUUGCUGGUUGCCAGUCCUAGGGCACUACAAAUAUACUCCGCCGAAACAUCCAUACGCGUCCGCGAACUCGCAGGCAGUUCCCUUGCCACAUAUGCGCUAUCAUCGGCGAACCCAGACCAUGUCUAUGUGGCCAGUUCCACGGGUUUGAUAUCGUUGUGGGACUGGACAACAGGAUCGAAGAUCGGCCGAUGGGACAUUGGCGCAGUCAUCCAACAGAUCGCUGUAGUCCCUCAACCGGAUACGGAUCUCGACCUUGUCUACUGCCAGGAAGGGUUGAAAAGAAACAUCAUCAACGUCCACGCUCUCCGUACCAAAUCCCAAGAUUCAAAAACCGAGUUGAAACAAAUCCUCAAGGCAACAUCAGGUGUCAACCGUUUCGAGGUUCUUUUGGGUGGUAAGGUUGUUGUCGCCACUACCGAUAAUACGAUCUUGAUUGGAAGAAGGAUCAAAGUACACAAGACUGCCCUGGAGGAUUUUGAGUAUGUCUGGCGAGAAAUCAAGAUUGCGAAGCAAAUCACGACAAUGAGUGCAUAUGUCCGCGACGCAAACAUUAGUGGAAAGGCAAAGCAGUCUCCAAAGGACCACAGAGUCAAUCUCGAUAUUGCAAUCGGUGAUGUAGAGGGUACGAUACAUCUGUUUGAGGAUAUCUUGACCUCCUUUACUGCCAUGGAGCGGCUUCAGAAAGACAGUGACAGGGCCAACGUGGAUGUAAACACAGACGCCCUCAGAUCCAAGCACUUGCACUGGCAUCGAGAGGCUGUGUGUGCACUUAAAUGGUCGCGCGAUGCAGGCAACUAUCUCAUCUCUGGAGGCAGAGAAACUGUACUAGUGAUUUGGCAGCUGUCUACGGGAAAACAGCAGCACCUCCCUCAUUUGACUGCCGCCAUCGAGAACAUCACUGUAUCUCCACUAGGCGCCUCUUAUGCCAUUGCGCUGGCUAACAACUCCGUAAUCGUGCUGUCCACUGCUGAGCUACAGGCAAAGACAAACAUUGUCGGCAUACAAUCAAGACGAGUUGAUCCCUCGAAAAUGCCGGAAGAGUCAGGGUCGGUGGAAUCUGCAUUCGAAAAUCUUGUCUCGGUUCCCAUGGCUGUAGACCCCAAGAACGGUUACCAUGUUCUUUUCCCGGUCCCGUCUUCUCAACCUCGAUCUCCCCAGGCCCCAGAGGUUUCUCCUGAACCUUACCUCCAGACCUUCGACAUCUCCGCCGGUCGUUCGGCUUUCCGGCAAGCAUUGACUCGCAACAAUGCUACUGAUCCAAACAUGGCCCCCGAUGGAUCCAAGAUUCACGAGCCCACCGUCAAAUUGCUCCAAAUCAGCAAUGAUGGCAAGUGGUUGGCAACCGUAGACGAGUGGUUUCCCCCACGAAAAGAUCUCUCUUACCUCGAUGAAGGCAUCGCUGAAUUCAAUGAGGAGGAGCAGUCCUUCCGCCGCGAGAUUUACCUCAAAUUUUGGCAAUGGGAUGAGAAGACAUCACAGUGGUCAUUGAUUUCGAGAAUCGAUUCACCUCAUUUCUUUGAAGAUGUUGGCGCUAGUGCUCGUGUUUUGAGUCUCAUCGCCGACCCUUCGGGUGUUGGAUUCGCAACCGUUGGCGAGGACCGCAAUGUUCGUGUAUGGCGACCUAAGACUCGAACUCGUACCGGAACCAUCGUCCGUGGAGCGGAGGAGGGGCUUGUUAACUGGUCACUUGAUCACUCUGUCGAGCUCGAAAAUAGCAUUGAUAGUUUGGAGUCUGCUUCAACCUAUCAGUCUUCUCAAGUGCCAGUUUCUGCACGCUUGGCUUUCUCUGCAGAUGGCUCAGUACUUGCUGCAGGGAUAUCGUGGAUCUCUGAGGAUGGCUCAGGAUCUAUUCAUCUCAUUGACAGCAAUUCAGGAACAAUUCAGCAGUCUAUCAGCGAGAUUGAUGUAGGCAUUCUCGCUUGCCUUGGUAUAGUGGGCCGCUAUCUAGUCGCUUUGGGGGAUUCUAUCAUAGUAUGGGAUCUUGUGGUCGAUCAAUUGCUACACUGCAUUCCCUUGGUCGUCCCUGGCGCCGACGAUAUCCUCGAUGCAAUGUCCUUGAUUCGCCUAGCCAUAAACGAGGCUGAUGGGACAUUUGCCAUUGCCUAUCCAAGCUUCGAUCAACGCGAACUGGUUAAAACGAACAGUGGCCGGCGAUAUAGGAAAGCAUCGUCGAAGAUUUCAAUUUUCAGUCCAGAGCAACCUCGCCCAUUAUGGUCUAGUAGGACCACCGAUGUUGUGCUCGCCCUGGAGGCCGCGAGGGACGGAAAGGGAUACGUUGUACUCGACUCUUCUUCGUCCAUCAGAACGGUUCGACCUAUGGGCGAGAAUCUUCAAUUGCAAACACCACCUCCGGAAAGCACAUCGAGUUCAGAACAGGCUGCUGCCGAGCAAUUAUCUGAAGACGAUAUGAACGACGAUGAGCAAGUCUCUACAGAAAGAGCACAACGACCGCUAUUGUCUCAAGACGCAAUUGAUAUUGCGACCGAGAACGAUAAGCCUGUCGUUAGGCCUGAACAACUACAACGCAUUUUCGAUACGGGGCCAUCUCAUGCGCUCCCGCCUGUGAAGGAUUUAUUGAGUGCAGUGGUAGAUCUGUAUGCUAGAAAACCCCGAGUUGCAGGUUCGGUGUGA